UACAGCACUCGAUGCGCUCAGACUCAGGCAACCCAAGUCCGGAGACGAAGAGCUUAACGUGAGGGAUUGGACACGGUUUGGGAUCGUUGUCCAGUGUGUUGGGGAUGGACCGGAUGCCGGUAAUGAGGGAGGAGUGGCAGAUGAUGAAGUGGAAGUGGUCGGUGAAAGGAAGGGAGAUGAACUGGUAAAAUUAGUCUGCUGGGCAAAGGUGGACGAGGGAGCUCCACCAGACGCUCAGAGCGCUACUAUUUGCCCCUACCUCUCUCGUUCCUUCCCCUACCUCUUCCAGAACAAGCACAGGAUCGCCAUCCGCCCUUGUCGCCCACUGCCGCUACAUACCGUUUUCCUACGUGCUCUUUCCAGCUCUGCGUAUGCGCUCGCCCAUUCCAGCCCGGAAGUCGUGAAGGACAGACUAGUGCAGAGUAAAGCUCUGCUUAGACUCGGCGGCAUUGUAGGGUUCUCCAUACCCGAAGAAGGACAGAACGGCCACUCGAACAUGAACGGCUCCUCAGCACAGUUCCGGUACACCUACCGCGUCCUCCUCCCCGAGCCUGUGAUGCAAGGUAUCCUUACUCCCUCUUCAUCACUAUACGUUCUCGCCCCUCCUGAGGGGACAGAAGCGGAGGACGACGAGACGCCCACUCAGAGUAUCUACCGGAGCAGGGCAGGGAGCUUCAGCGACGGAGGCUUCUUCGAUCGCCGAAUACGGGAUAAAGGUGUAGAUAGGAUUAUGACUGAGGGAGAAGAUGAAGGGGAUGAGCAGCUAGAGAUCGACGCCUCUUUCCUGGCUAACUCUCUGCCUCCUCUUCCCUCCCCUUCUUUACCCACAUCGAUAUCUCUCUCCUCGUCCCUCAGCACUCUCGUCCGCGCGCCGGUAGAAUACCUCCCUCUUCCCGCACCGUGGACCUCAAGUUCAGAAUCUGUCUUCCUCCGAGCAGAAGAUCUCGCCCGCUCGGGCGUCUUCUCCGGGGAUUGGGUGCUCCUCUCCUCCCCAUCAGCAAAAAUCCUAGCCCGCGCCUUCGCAUCCGACAACAUCCCCCCUGGUCCAGCAGUGCUCCUCUCCCCCUCUCUUCUGCACUUCUUCCCCCCAACUCACGCACUCGACCCUCCCCCUACCCUCCGUCUUCUCUCCACGCCCUUCCAGUCCCUCCCUCCCCCCCUCCCUAUAGCGCAGAGCGUUACCCUCGCUCGUGUCCCCUCCCCAGCAUCGACGAGCAAGCGCUUCCAGCCUCUUUUCCUGCGCGCACUCAAGAAGCUGUUCAAGGACAAGCGACUGAUACGGCAGGGACAGGUACUUGCAGUCGUGGUGAAUAAAGACGAUCGGGCGCUCCUCAGGGAAAAGGAAGAUGGGGAGGUAGAUGACCAGUUGCUGGACUAUGAGUUCCCCUUUCCUUCUUCGUCACCUGACACCCCGGUAUAUUUCAAGAUAACCAACAUCGUGUACGACCCUCCUUCCUCCUCCGCUCAAGCAGACACCUACACCCUCGCAACGCUCGGCGAGCUUGGAUGCUGGUUCGACCCUUCCCAAACACGGAUGGUCCAGUCAGGCGUGGAGCACUCCCUCGUCCCUGCCUUCCCUCUCCCUCUCCCUCCCGCGCUCCCAACAGCCCCUACAUCCCCAUACCCCAAGCUACUCCAGCUCGCGGCUGCGUGCCUUUCCCCCUCCGCCCUCGACUACCAGCUCCAGCUCACAGUCCUCCUCCGGGGCCCUCGCGGCGUCGGCAAGCGCACAACCGCCUUAGCGGUCGCCCAACGCCUAGGCAUGCAUGUGCUGGAUGUGAACUGCUACGAACUUGUCGGGGAGUCGGAGGCGGUUACGGAGGGUACGUUGAGGGCGAGGUUCGAGAGUGCUGCUGCUUGCGCGCCGUGUGUCCUCUUGCUGAGGAACCUGGAAGCGCUUGCCAGGACCUCGCAGGUGCUUGAACAAGGCAGAGAACCCUCUAUCGCCACCGCCUUACGGGAAUGCGUGGCAUCCCUCCCCUCAGCCUGGCAGGAAUCCCAGUUUCCUGUCAUACUCCUCGCUUCCUCCUCGGAAGGGGAUAAGAUCCCCCUCAGCAUCCAGGCGUGUUUCAAGCACGAGAUCAACUUUGAUUCGCCUGACGAAGUCGAGAGGCUAGAGAUACUGCGCGCGCUGUUGAAGGGCGAACGAGUAGCGGCCGAUGUUGAGCUUAGAGAGAUUGCAGCCCAGAGCGCUGCGCUGGUUGCGAAGGAUCUGGUUGACCUGGUUGGGCGGGCGAAGCUGGGUGCCCUGGAGCGCGCGACCAAGGAGCUUGUAGACGAAGAAGCAUCAAUAGACGAUAUAGAAGAUGCUGGGAUCGCUCUCUCCGGUACGGACUUCACUUCUGCUCUUGCCGAGUCCCGUGCUUCCUACUCGGAAAGUAUCGGCGCGCCCAAGAUUCCCAACGUCUCCUGGGACGACGUCGGCGGGUUGGCAGAAGUCAAGGCCGAUAUCCUGGAUACGAUCCAGCUGCCUCUCGAGCACCCGGAACUCUUCGCCGAUGGGCUAAAGAAACGCUCUGGGAUCCUCCUGUACGGACCUCCAGGGACGGGCAAGACCCUUCUGGCCAAAGCGGUCGCUACGUCCUGCUCGCUCAACUUCUUUUCCGUCAAAGGCCCGGAGCUGCUCAACAUGUAUAUCGGUGAGUCUGAAGCGAAUGUACGCCGGGUCUUUCAGCGGGCGAGGGAUGCCCGCCCUUGUGUGAUCUUCUUCGACGAGCUGGACUCCGUUGCGCCCAAACGUGGGAAUCAUGGGGAUUCAGGAGGUGUAAUGGAUAGGAUCGUCAGCCAGUUGUUGGCAGAACUGGACGGGAUGUCUGACGAGACAGGAAGCGCAGAGGUGUUCGUUAUUGGGGCGACUAAUAGGCCGGAUCUCUUGGAUCCAGCAUUAUUACGUCCCGGAAGGUUCGAUCGCAUGCUGUAUCUUGGAGUCUGUACAACGCACGAAGCACAACUCAAGAUCCUCCAAGCGCUCACCCGCAAGUUCCGGCUCGACCCAAGUCUCGACCUCAUGCGGGUAGCCGAACAGUGUCCUUUCAAUUACACGGGUGCCGACUUUUACGCACUCUGCUCCGACGCUAUGCUCAAGGCCAUGACCCGAAAGGCUGAGGAAGUCGACGCUAAGAUCGCCGAAUGGAAUGAACAUGGACCGGUAGAUGGGCAUCCUCAUCCCAUGACUCCGCAGUAUUAUCUCGCCGAGCUCGCCAAGCCAGAAGAUACGGAUUUUCUUGUAUCUCAGAGAGACUUCGAGGCUGCUCUGGCCGAACUGGUCCCGAGCGUUAGCACGAGCGAAAUGGACCAUUAUGCGAUCGUGCAGAAAAACGAAUCUGGAUCGAAAAGGCAAGGGCAAGGGCAAAGCCAAGGCGAUUGA